AUGACCGUUCCACAACCGAUUUCUCCUCUUCCUCAGGCUCCUAUUGCCACAGCUUUGCCCGAUGCUCCACCAAACGACUUCUUCUCUCCUAUUCAAUGGGACGUUUUCUUUGCACUUGUCGACGGUGUCUUGCCCUCCAUCACCUCAGAGUCUGAUGUGACCGACUAUCAGGGUCAGAUUCAGCUUCCAGACCAUGAAGUCAAUGCUGUCCUCGAUCGUAGUGCCGAGGCUCUGGCAGCCCCAGCCACUAGAGACAAUAUCCGUGCCUUUCUCCGUGAUAGGCCUGUCAAUGAUGCUCGCUUUAGAGAUAACCUCAUGAGGACCCUGGCCAUCUCCCCACCCGACCAACUCAAACGCCUUGCCGGGUUAUUGAGCUUGAUGUCCACCCGUCCUGGUAGCUACUUCAUCACCGGCUACUGGCAACCCAUAUACAACCAGCCUGCCCACGUCCGCGAAGCCAUCCUCAAAUCAUGGGUCACAUCUCCCAAAGAACGCUGGUCCACUCUGGCCAAAACGAUGUCUGCCAUGUCUUUCAAGGCAUAUUCUCAGACCAGUUCGGCUCUCUACCAGCUCUCGGGCUACUCAGAUGCCCCCAAGGACUGGCAACCCAAGGAAACCUUCGAGUAUGACUUUCUCCAGAUCGAGCCCGGCGACGACGCACAUGCCAUCGAGACCGACGUUGUCAUCAUCGGUUCCGGCUGCGGUGGAGGUGUCUGUGCCAAGAAUCUAGCAGAGGCUGGCCACAAAGUCAUCGUCGUGGAUAAGGCCUAUCACUAUCCCUCCACACACCUCCCCAUGGCUCAAGAUGCCGCCUGCGCUCAUCUCUACGACAACGCAGGCUUCUUUAUGACGGAAGACUCUGGUUGUACCGUCACUUCUGGCAGUGCAUGGGGUGGAGGAGGUACCGUCAAUUGGAGCGUAUGUCUCAAGCCUCAAGACUUUGUGCGAGAGGAAUGGGCGGAUGAGGGCCUUCCUUUCUUCACAUCCGCAGAGUUCGACGAGUGUCUAGACCGUGUGUGGGAGUUUCAAGGGGCUGGCACUGACCAGAUACGCCACAAUCACCGAAACAGAGUCCUUCUAAAUGGCUCAAGCAAGCUCGGCUGGACGGCACGUCCAGCUCCUGUCAACACGGGAGGUAGGGAGCACUUCUGCGGCCAGUGUCACCUUGGCUGUGGUCUGGCCGAAAAGCGAGGGCCAGCUGUGAGCUGGUUGCCGGAUGCUGCCAAGGCCGGCGCUCAGUUCAUGGAAGGAUUUCAGGUCGACAAGAUCCUGUUUGAUUAUGACGGGCAGACUGCCAUUGGCAUCGAGGGGGAGUGGGUGUCGAGAGAUAGUGCAGGAGACAUGAGUGAUUCGAACAACAGAAUCAAGAGACGGGUCAUAGUCAGGGCCAAGAAGGUGAUCCUUGCAGCCGGCUCAUUAUGGAGCCCGAUCGUCCUCAAGAACAGCGGUAUUACUAAUCCGAAUGUGGGAGCUAAUUUGCACCUUCAUCCUUGCAACUUCGUCACAGCAGUAUGGAAGGAAGAAACGAUACCUUGGGAGGGAGGCAUUAUCACCAGCUACUGUCCCCAGUUUGACAACGUCGACGGUAGUGGAUACGGAACGAAGCUGGAGACGACGUGUAUGGUGCCAUUCACAAUCCUGUCGCAGCCAUCAUGGACCAGCGGCCUAGAUGCAAAACUCCAUAUGACAAAGUUGCGUCACAUGAACGCCUGGAUAUCGUUGACCAGAGAUCGUGACGCAGGCAGCGUCUUUCCAGACCCUACGACUGGUCGACCUCGCAUUGACUAUACUCCCUCGGACUUUGAUCGAGCCCAUACCAUCCAGGGAGUGGAGGCUCUGGCCAAGAUCUGCUAUGUCACGGGAGCAGUCGAGAUACGUCCUCUUCUCAAGGGUCUGGAGCCCUUUGUGCGCAGGGGAGAGGCGUCCUCGGAGCAUUCGCUCGACUCCAAAGGCUCAGUGGCCGAUCCAGAGACUACCGACCCAGCCUUUGCCGCCUGGCUCGACCGCGUCCGCGAAGUGGGCAACAAACCACCGACGGCCCCUUGGAGCUCAGCCCAUCAGAUGGGCACGUGCCGUAUGAGCGCGAGCAGCGACGAGGGCGUGGUUGACGAGAAGGGAAGGGUCUGGGGCACGGAUAACCUGUACGUCGCAGAUGGAAGCGUGUUUCCCAGUGCCAGUGGCGUGAAUCCCAUGAUCACCAUUAUGGCCAUUGCGGAUUGGAUAUCACGCGGCGUGGACGCAGACCUGAGGGCGUGACGGAUAGUGAUUGUGAUAUGGCAAGAUAGCAGAAGCGAUAUAGCUGUAGCUGUAUCUGUGUGUAAUGUCAUUGUUAUCCUAUCAAUGACUGGACGUUAUCUCCCGAGAGACAUGCAGGGGAUU